AUGAUGAGACAGUUUGAUGUAAAAUUCCACAAGCUGUAUAAAAGCAACAACAAUUAUCAAAACAUAAAUAUACGAGGCUUCAGUGUGAAAUCAGAAGUGGAAAUUGUCUACAAGGAGCCACUGUCACAGUCAGAGAGAGCCGCAGCAGUCAGAAUAUUCAAAUCAUUUGUAGAAAAUAACGGCACAAUAGCUGAGUCUACAAUUGAUAAGGUCCUGGUGGAAGAUAAAACCGGUGAAUUUGUUGAGAUCGAUGUGUGUACAAUAUUCCCAUGCCCCGAGGACAUGGUUUGUGAGAUCGUCAACGGAGUCUGCACAUCUACCUGCGAAAACAAUAUGAUGUAUUGUUUAAAUUCUGGUGUUUGUGUUGCCAGGCAACCAGAUGUCAUAGAAUGCUUAUGCCCUGAAUUAUAUUCUGGAAAUAGAUGUCAAAUCAAAGAAUCAAAAAAUCCAGGUUUAACCCAGCGUGACAUUAUCGGAAUAGUUGCUGGUGUCUUAGCAGGUGUAAUCAUUUUAUUCAUCAUGCUGGUUUUGAUCAUAAAGAGUCAUCGAGUAGAAGAUAAGGAAAAGAAAAAUAAAAAUGUCGACUUUUAUGAAUUGAACCUUUAUGAAGGAGAUUCAACUUUCAACGGAGGACUAGCUGAUGAUAUUCGUGAGACAGAGCUGAAUGAAAAUAAACCCACUAUAGAAAACGAGACCCAAACAGACAUCAAAGCAGUUGUUAUUGAAAACAACAGCUCCCAACAAAAAACAGAAGACAAAGAGCAAACAGAAAAUACUGAUGAUAAAGAGAGAGAAAAUGUGGAUGAUUAUGAUGGAGAAAACUAUUAUCCUACUGAUGACGAAGAUGAAGAACAAGAUGUGGCAGCAGAUAACCAUGACUACCAGCGCAUAAGCACUUUUGAGCAGAGUUCUUUUAAGCCCAGUGAAUUUGAGAUGCGAGAUGAGGUACCCGAUAUUCAUUUGUAA